GCCCAGCGGAGCCCGCCAACCCUGCGGACCCGGCGGACCUGGCGGACCCGGCGGACCUGGCGGACCCGGCGGACCCGGCGGACCCGGCGGACCCGGCGGACCCGGCGGAUCUGGCGGACCUGGCGGACCUCCCUGAGGCGAUCGACAACGCGUUCAAAGACCUCGAGGCGCUGCACGCGAGGGCUCACCCGACCGAGGCCAGCGACAGCGACGACGCCCCCUUGCCCUCAAAG